CGCUGCCACAUACCCGGAGGAGACCGGAGGGGAAGGAGCGCACUGCCGGAGCCUGUCUGCCGGGAGAGAGACACACAGAGGCACACGGGCUGCUGCUGCUACUGCGCGUAAAGAGGAGGAGCAGAGAGAGAGAGGAGAGGAGAGGAGAAGAGAAGAGAGGGCGGCAGCGGAGAGACGCACAGCUUUCCAGGAGGAGAAGUGGAGAGGAACCACGUUUAUUUUCUCCGGGGCAGUUUUACGCACGGGAACUGGAUCUGAGCCCUAUGAGAAAUACAUUUUUAAUUUGCCCGAGAACUAACUGCUGUUGGGGCUGCACAUAAAAGGGGAACAUUAAAAAUGACUAUUUGCCCUUUUAGAACAGAUUUACGGUUUAAAGACAUUUUACCGAUUUGAAGACCUUUUCUGCUUUACAUUUUCGUUAAGUUUUUUUUUCUCCUUAUGUCCCCUCUGCUUCGGCUCAUUCACCAAGUCAGAUUUUUUUCUUUUUAAUUUUAAUUUGAGUAUUUUAUCUUUCCAAAAUCUUCUCCAACACGCGUUUUGACACUCGGAGGGGACACUUACCCGGACUGUGUGCACCAACAUGGAUUUCGCUGGAAUAAAACUGAGUUUGCAGUCCAGGUCCGGUAGAUUUAACAUUAUAUUGCAUUAACUGCAGGUUUCUGGCGAAACGGAGCAGUGGCAAUAACUCAUAUCAACUGUACAAGUCUAAGCCGUAAUUUUGGACAGCCGCAACCCGGCGAUUGGAUUGUGAUUGCUGCCUUUGAAGGAACUGUCUAAGGACGGAAAAGUUCAGAACCGGAACACUAUUGUUUUUUUUUUCUAGACAAACCAAAUAAGCCAAACAGAAGGAAGGGGAUUUUUUUUUAUUUCUCUUUUGGUUUUUUAACAUCUUGAGGGAAAAGAUGGAUUCGUGUUUAUGGUUGUGUGGAUGUAUUCUGCCGCUUCUUUUGCCUUCAGCAGUAAAAGCUGACGAAGGAGCCUCCGAGCAAUGCGGCGGCUAUUUAGAUGCCAGCGAUGCCGGCUACAUCACCACGCCUGGCUACCCGCAGGAGUAUCCACCUCACCAGAACUGCCACUGGGUCAUCACAGCCCCAGAGCCAUCGCAGCGCAUCGUCCUCAACUUCAACCCGCACUUUGAAAUGGAGAAGCUGGACUGCAGAUACGACUAUGUAGAGAUCCAUGACGGGAACUCGGAGUCAGGCGACCUGCUGGGAAAGCACUGCAGCAACAUCGCCCCUGCACCAAUCAUAUCAUCUGGCCCAUCCCUUCACAUCAAGUUUGUGUCAGACUACGCCCAGCAGGGGGCGGGUUUCUCGCUGCGCUACGAAAUCUACAAAACUGGCUCAGACUGUUCUCGUAAUUUCACCAGCCCCUCAGGCCUCAUUGAGUCUCCAGGUUUCCCCGACAAAUACCCCCACAACCUGGAGUGCUCCUUCAUCAUCAUUGUGCCGCCCAGCAUGGACGUCACCCUCACCUUCCUCACCUUCGACCUGGAGAACGAUCCGCUGCCUGGCAGUGACGGGGACUGCAAAUACGACUGGCUGGAAGUGUGGGACGGACUCCCGGGAGUGGGCCCUCUGAUUGGCCGGUACUGUGGGACCAGGGUACCUCCUGAAAUCCAGUCCUCCACUGGGAUUCUCUCGCUGGCCUUCCACACGGACAUGGCUGUGGCUAAAGACGGCUUCUCCGCGCGGUACAACAUGACGCACAAGGAAGUCAGCGAGACUUUCCACUGCAGCAAUGCACUGGGCAUGGAGUCAGGAAAGAUCACAGACGAGCAGAUCAUGGCUUCGUCGAGUUUCCACGAUGGAAACUGGGUGCCGCGUCAGGCGCGCCUCAACUACAGAGAAAAUGGGUGGACGCCUGCUGAAGACAACAGCAGGGAGUACAUACAGGUGGACCUCCAUACUUUAAAGGUCCUCACAGGCAUUGCCACUCAGGGCGCCAUCUCAAAGGAAACAAAGAACAUUUAUUACGUCACCACCUUCAAGCUGGAGGUGAGCACUAAUGGAGAAGACUGGAUGAUCUACAGGCAUGGGAAGAAUCACAAGGUAUUCCAUGCCAACACCGACCCAACAGAGGUGGUCCUCAACCGGAUCCCUCAGCCGGUCCUGACACGCUUCGUACGGAUCAGACCUCAGACGUGGAAGAACGGUAUCUCGCUACGGUUUGAGCUCUACGGCUGUCAGAUUACAGAUGCUCCCUGCUCAGAGCUGCAAGGCAUGCUGUCUGGGCUUCUCCCUGACUCCCAGAUCUCAGCAUCCUCCAUGAGGGACAUCCACGGCUCGAUGGGGGCAGCUAGGCUGGUCGCCAGCCGCUCGGGCUGGUUUCCUAACCCGACACAACCCAUAGCUGGAGAGGAGUGGCUACAGGUGGAUCUAGGUGUUCCCAAGAUGGUCCGAGGCAUAAUAACGCAGGGUGCCAGAGGGUUGGAGGGCAGCACAAGUUCUGACAAUAGAGCGUUUGUGAGGAAGUACAAACUAGCGCACAGCUUGAACGGCAAAGACUGGAGCUACGUCAUUGACAGCAAAACUGGGUUCGCUAAGAUCUUUGAAGGGAACAGCCAUUACGACACCCCAGAGGUGCGGAGGUUUGACGAGAUAGUCGCACAGCACCUCAGAGUUUUUCCAGAGCGAUGGUCGCCUGCUGGAAUCGGCAUGAGGAUGGAGGUUCUCGGCUGUGACCUGCCUGAAAUCACCACCCUGCCCAACACGGUGACCCCCACCACUCCCAGACUGGAACAGACAACGCCGGCGAUGAGAUCAGCCACAACUCCUUCCCUGUCGGCCGUCUGCGACUUUGAGCAGAGUUUGUGCGGCUGGUCGGCCGAUCCGCACACGGGUGUGAGCUGGUCCCUGCACACAGCCAGAAGCGGCUCAGCUGGACACAACGCUCACGAGACAUGGCAGGACCUGUCCCUGGGAUCAGACAGUUUUUCGGGGAACUACCUCCACCUGGAUGCCGGGGCCCACACCCAGCGCAACAAAGCCAGACUUCUUAGUCCCGAAGUGGGGCCAGAACGAGGUCCUCUCUGCCUCCUGUUCUACUACCAGCUGCAGGGGGAGGCGCAGGGGACCCUGCGGGUCCUGCUGAGGGACAGCGACCAGGAGGAGACCCUGUUAUGGGCGCUAAAAGGCGAGCAGGGGCCCCACUGGAAAGAGGGCCGUACCAUCCUUCCCCAAAGCCCCAGAGAGUAUCAGGUGGUGUUUGAGGGGUUUUUUGAUCACCCAACUCGAGGCCACAUCAGGAUAGACAACAUCCACAUGAGCAACAGCAUCGAACUGGAGCAAUGUGCACAGCCUCUCCCUGCUUUAACUUCAGGCAUUCCCAGGGGUGCCAUAUCUGGGAUGAGGCCCACUAUAGCCGCAGUGAAGGUGCAUCCGGUCCCUGCCUACUGGUUCUAUGUGUUGGUGGGAGGCAUCGGCCUGUUGCUGUUGAUAGGUGUGACUGUGAUGAUGAUUCUCUGCUGCCAGCACUACCACUGGAUGAGCGGGAAGACCGACAGCCACCACCAUCAUCACCACCACCAUUCGGUCAUGUACCGCAACGACCAACCCGCCUAUCAUCAAAGUCCAGAGAGCUACUGCCAGAGCCAAAACCCCAGCUGCAACAUGUUCUGCAGCAACGACCAGAACCACCUCUAUCCGGGAGCCGAUUCGAGCCUGGAGCCCAGGCUCAUCAUCACGCUGGAGAAAGACGACAGCUACGGCUCCCGCUGCUGAAACGACUGGACCACAAGGGCGUCCUGCAGCUUCGAGAGGACAAUCUGGUCAUGAAGAAGACCUAAAAGAGUCUGAUCCUUUCCUUCAAAGAAAAAAAAGGAGUUCAGCAUCAACAGCACUGUUCAGCAAUGGGAAUCUUUAUGGGGGAAGCGCUUCGGCUCCUCUGGUCGAUACCGGAUCAGCGCGCGCCUCCGGGUUUGGUGCCUGAAGAUGGAAAAGCUUCACUUUCCAGUUCUAAUGCUUCAACAGAAUGAUUUUUUGAUGUCCUUCACAGUGUUGCUGAGAGUAAAAUCAGCCUAGAAAAAUUAAUUGGAUCAUCAGUUAAGUAAACCAGACAUGGAUUAUCGAGCAAAUUGUUGGAAAGACUCUGCAUGGAUAUGCGAUUAACAGUGUCGAUGUUCCUCUUUUCUCAGAGAGGUUCACACACAAGUUUGAAGGACUCGUUUGGUUUCAAUGCUUCUUUUGGUCUUAAUGAAGGUGGAGUUGAUUAUUUUCCCAUGUGUCUAGGAAUCUGAGAGGGGGGGAGGACAUAAAAAAGAGGAGAGCACUGGUGUGAUGCAUAGGUACUGAGCAUUAAGGAGGUUAACCACGCCAAGCGGAAAAUGCACCGUUCUCCAAACUUUUUCAAGCCUGACAUGGUACUUUUGGUGUAUUUUGUUUGUUUUUUUCAGCAAACCUAGGAUAUGCCUUUAAUAAAAAUGUGCUUUAAAGCUUUUGCCCCCCCCCCCCCCUCCACAGUUUGAGGUAGUGCUUCAGUGUCAAAUCAAAAUGUCGGGGAUUUCCGUAUGUUGCCUGGAUCUUCUGCCUGUCGGUUAAUGUUGCAAUGUGAAGCCCUGAUGUCCUUCAUACGUUUGACUGAGAGAAUGGAAGAAAAAACAGAACCCAAAGGAAUGUUUCUAACAGUUUUUUUUUCUAUGGUGAACCAAACUUGCACCAAACUCGUUAGUUUUUGUUGGAAUUUAACUUUCCUUUCUCUCGGAUGCACACUCGCCACAGUUUCCAGGUCUGCUUUAAUUCAAGGAAUGAGACCAAACAUGCUGUGAUGAAAAUGACUCUUGCUUGUUACAGGCUGAGUUUCCAUUCAGGAUUUAUUUCUGAUGAGCCAGCUCCCUUUUUAAGAAAUGUCUUAGUAAUGACUACAUCAGCGUCCUACUGGAGGAACUUUUUGCUUUUAUGGCGUUGUGCAGCGACUGUAGGUGUUUCAAGGCAACCGAUCUUAUGGGUAGAGAUAUGAACAGAAGGUUUAAUGCUGUCUUUUUUUUUUUUUUUUGGUCACAUAGAAAUCAAAGGUGAGCAGUUAUGCUCGUAUUUAUAGUAAAUAUCUGUUUGUUCAUCAGUAACAGUAUUUUGUUCUUAUUAUUUAAAAAUGCACACCAGCCUGCCUUUAUCUCUCUCAGAAAAAGACCAUUUGGACAAUUUCCAAGGUUUGGAGAGUGUUUAUAUAUGCAAUCGUUUUAUCCUUUUCAUAUAAAUAUAUGUAUGGAUAUAGCGGAUCUCAAAAGUAUAGACUCUUACAACUUUUUGUGUCAUAAAAGUCAAUGAUUUCACAUUUUUUAUAUCCUGUAGAUUUUAGCUGAAAAAUGAAAAUAUCUGCAAAGUCGGAAAAGUAAAAAAGGGCAGCAGCCUGGUGAACAUGUAUAAACUGAUAUGUUUUUAUCUCUUUUGAUUCUUAAAUUGGUUUGAUUUUUACCCCCCAUCAGAUUAUUUUUCUGUUUAACCAACCAGGAUACGUCUCACAUUAAAGGUGGGGAAGAGUAGAAAUUAUUUAUUGUAGUCACUAUAGUACCUUUACAUUACAGAAACUGGACAUAUUAACAAGGUUGUGCACACUUUUGAGAUCCACUGUAUGAUUUAUUUAAUGUCUGAAAUUAAAAUUGUGUUUAUUUAAGAUUGCAUAAUUGUGCAUGAACUAACAUCUUUCACUGCAUAUUUUUACACUUUAGAUGAACUUUUGGGCAGGUACUACUCAAAAGGCUUCAUCUUCCUUCUUAAGAAUGAGCACUUUUCUUUUAAUUUUACAAGGAUAUUUGUCAUAUUUCCUGUGAGGAUUUUAAUACACACUGGCUGCUG